AAUUUUCUCAGAUUUUCGAUCCUCCGAAAAUCCAUUAUUUCCACGAUGAGUCCUCCCAGAAAAGAAGUGAUGCUUAACGGAGUUCGUCCGUUUCCACUGAAUAUAAACAAAGAGUCUCAUUUGAUUCAAAAGCCAUCUUCAUCGACUGAUCAGCAAAAGCAGCAACAACAGCAGCGGCGGAAAGGUCUGGUCAUAAUUUACACGCACUCGCCCAAGAUCAUCCACACGCAGGCUCGGGAUUUCAUGGCCUUGGUUCAAAGGCUUACUGGUUUGUCCAGAUCCCAUCGUGAAGUUAACGGAGAUACUGCUGCGGUGCUGCCGUCACGACCUAAGAAGAACGACGAGAUUAACAAAAGACAGGAAGACAACGAAUCAUGUUCCGUAAAUACAGAUGAAAAAGUCGAAGAUGUUCCUACGACGGCGAUUGGCGGUGGAAUGAAACACUUUUUCGCUGAUAUGCCUCUCUUCACGCCGAGCUCGACGGAUUUCUUCUGCUCACCGACGCAUGUUCGUAAGUUUGGUGAUAUGGGGACUUUGAACUCGCCAACUAUGCUGGAAUUCAUGAAAGGGCUCCCUGAUUACUGAAAAAAGGGUUUUUUUUGUUUGAACUUUGUUUUUG